AUGCCGUUAAAAAUUUUGAUUAAGCUUCAGAUUCAUGCGGUAUUUCACAAGGUUGUGGAUCCUAUGUGGAAUGAGUUUCCUUUGAAUCACACAACCCGAUUUGAAUUAAUACAGCUCACCCAUUCAGCAGACAUUCUGGCUGUAUUUGAAGAGAACACUCGUCAGUUCUUGUUUCCUGAGCCCAAACUGACUCCGGCUUACCCUGGAGUAUAUCGGAAAGUGCUGAUGAAAACAGUCCAAGGAUUCCCUGGAAUUGCACCAAAGAUUGAGUUUUCUCCAAGGACCACCAUUAAAGAAAAGCCACAUGAUUUUCUGAAGAAAUGUUCUAAAGUAAAACCAUAUUUUAGGAGACCUUUAACAGUACCAUCCAGAAAAUUAAGAUCUACUCAAUCAAACCCAGUCAGAGACCGAAGCCCAACUAAGAACUACUGCAGUUCAACUAAAUCUUCAACAUCUCCAUCUCCAUCUCCCAUUAGUGAAAGAUUUGUUAAUGGACUAAACAAGAACGUACAGCAGCAGCUUGCAAAUACAUUUGUGAUGCAUGAAUAA